CCUCGGCCUGGGCUCGGGGUCGGGGUCGGGCCACCAUUACUCCCACUCCACCUUCCCCGUUUCAAUUCACUCCAGUCCAGUCCCCACACUCCAACUAAAAGCUCGCUCUUUCCUUCUCUCUCUCUCUCCUCUCCGCCAUGGCCGCCUACUCUUCCUCCUCCUAGCGCGCGCCCCACCGCCAGCAGCGCGAUCCAGAUCCCACCCGGCGCCCGCCCAUGGGGGGCUGCCACGCCAAGCCGCGCACCCGCGACGCCGACGGCGCAUCCCCGCCGCCACCCGCGCCGGCCACGCCCCCGCCGGCCUCCUCCACGGCGCCCGCCACGCCGGCCUCCAAGAAGCACUGGACGUCCUCCCCCUUCUUCCCCUUCUCCACGCCCAGCCCCAGCCCGGCGCACCACCUCUUCUCCUCCUCCGCGGCCUCCCCGAGGACCUCCUCCAAGUCCCCCGCCCCGGCGGGCUCCAAGUCCCCGGCGCCCACCACCCCGGCCAGGCGCCUCCUGCGCCUGCCCUUCCCGCCGCCCUCGCCCGCCAAGCACAUCCGCCAGGCGCUCGCGCGGAGGCACGGCCCGUCGCGCCCGGCGAUCCCCGAGGAGGGCGGCGACAGCGACGGCGGGAGGGGCCUCGACAAGGGCUUCGGCUUCAACAAGGGCUUCGCCGCCAAGUACGACCUCGGGGACGAGGUCGGGAGGGGCCACUUCGGCUACACCUGCGCCGCCAGGAUCAGGAAGGGCGCGCGCAAGGGGGACGCCGUCGCCGUCAAGGUCAUCCCCAAGGCCAAGAUGACAACAUCCAUUGCUAUAGAGGAUGUCCGGAGGGAGGUGAAAAUUUUGAAGGCUUUAGCAGGGCACAAGAACUUGGUUCAGUUUUAUGAUGCAUAUGAGGACAACGAAAAUGUCUACAUAGUCAUGGAGUUGUGUGAGGGCGGGGAGCUUCUGGAUAGAAUACUUUCCAGAGGUGGGAAGUACUCCGAGGAUGAUGCAAAGUCUGUCCUGGUCCAAAUAUUGAAUGUUGUCGCUUUUUGCCACAUCCAAGGAGUGGUUCACAGGGAUCUCAAACCAGAGAAUUUUCUUUUUACUUCGAAAGAUGAGAACUCUCAACUUAAGACAAUUGACUUUGGAUUAUCAGACUUUGUAAAACCAGAUGAGAGACUAAAUGAUAUAGUUGGAAGUGCUUAUUAUGUUGCUCCGGAAGUUCUACAUAGAUGCUAUAGCACAGAAGCGGACGUAUGGAGUAUAGGUGUCAUUGCAUAUAUCCUCCUUUGUGGCAGCCGCCCUUUUUGGGCACGCACUGAAUCUGGCAUAUUCCGUUCUGUUCUCAAAGCUGACCCCAGUUAUAAUGAGGCACCUUGGCCUUCUCUAACUCCAGAAGCAAUGGACUUUGUUAAGCGCUUGCUGUGCAAGGAUCCACGUAGAAGGAUGACUGCAGCACAAGCUUUAGGUCAUCCAUGGAUUAGAAAUUACAAUGACAUCAAGAUGCCAUUGGACGUCCUUAUAUUCCGUCUUAUCAAAGCUUAUAUUCGUUCUUCAUCAUUACGUAAAGCUGCUCUGAAGGCUUUAUCGAAGACUUUGACUGUUGAUGAGCUUUUCUAUCUCAAAGGGCAGUUUUCCUUAUUAGAACCUGACAGAAAUGGAUGCAUAACUCUAGAUAAUAUCAGAAUGGCCUUAACAAGAGAAGCCACGGAUGCGAUGAAAGAAACACGAGUUCAGGAGAUUCUUGUCUCGUUGAGUGCUCUUCAGUACAGAAGAAUGGACUUCCAUGAGUUCUGUGCAGCUGCAGUAAGUGUUCACCAGCUUGAAGCAUUAGACAGAUGGGAGCAACAUGCGAGAUCAGCUUAUGAAAUUUUCGAGAAGGAUGGCAAUCGAGCCAUUGUAAUUGACGAACUAGCUUCAGAACUGGGUCUCAGCCCCUCGGUGCCGCUGCACGUUGUUCUGCAGGACUGGAUCCGGCACACCGAUGGGAAGCUCAGCUUCCUCGGGUUUGUCAAGUUGCUGCAUGGCAUGUCCAGCAGGUCCCUGUCAAAGAUGAGAUAGCUGUUGAUAAUCUCUAACGACAGUACAAAUUCAUGCUGCCCCAGCCCCAGCCCAACUUAGCAAGCAAGGCCAAGACUGCACACUGAGGUCGACACGACACGAGCGCUGCCUGCGCUAGAACCCGCCUGGUUUUGCCACUAAUUUGAGUAUAGAGUUCUGUUUGCGGUCGCCCGUGUACUUAUCAUCACCGUCCUCUUCAAAGUUCAUCAGCAUCGUCUUUGAGUAGGUUAGGAAAAGGAAAUUUCACCCGUGUCUCGGCAACAUGUGAUGCCUCUAACAGUCUCUUAGAAUAGCCCGCCCAGCCAUGUCCUGUCGCUGUGGGCAGCGUUGUAAAAUGCCCCCGUUCAUGUAACUGGAGCAGAGUCACCGUUUUGUCGUCAGUGUGCCGUUAUAUUGAUUGAGUUGAAGAUGCUUGAAUUUUGUGCUGCUCA